AUGCAGGUGUCUGGUGGGGCAGUCAGUUUAUCGUCGGCAGUGGAGACAAGAGCUCAAGUGACAGGCAGAGCAACGCAGCGUUUGGAAAGAAAGAAAAAGGGUAAAGAGAAGUCCAAAGACAAGAAGCGCACGAGCAAAGACAAGUCCAAAGACAAGAAGCGCACGAGCAAAGACAAGUCCAAAGACAAGAAGCGCACGAGCAAAGACAAGUCCAAAUACAAGAAGAGCAAGAGCAAAGACAAGAAAAGCAAAGGCAGCUCGAGAACCAGAAGCAAAGAGAAGGCUGGCAAGGCUAAGUCCAGCAAGGAGAAGGUGGUCAAAGGAAUCAAGGAGAAGACGGACAAAGGCAGUAAGGAGAAGGCGAGCAAGAAGCGGGGCUCCAAGAGGCACAGCAAGGAAAAGAGCAGCAAGGAUAAAGACAACAAGGAUAAGCGAAGUAAAGAAAAGCAACAAAGCAUGGAGAAACACAACAAGGAUAAGUACGGAAGCAAAGAAAAGCAUAGCAAGGACAAGCGGAGUAAGGAGUCCAAAUCGCCACAGAAGAUAGUCGACUGGCUGGAUGGCUUGAAGAGGAGGACGACUUGA